AUGGUGCCUUUCCCUGCGCAAGGCAGUAUCAAUCCUCUUAUGAAUUUGGCUCACCUCCUCUCUUCAAGAGGAGUUUUCAUCACUUUCGUCAACACGGAGUGGAGCCACAACCGCAUGUCAAGAGCAGCUGCAGCUGCCACCUGCACAUUUAAGUUUCUCGUCAUUCCAGAUGGGUUGCCACCUCAUCACGGUCGUCUCUCCAAUCUUCCCGAGUAUGCGAUGGCAUUGGAAAAGCUUGGCCCCAUCUUGGAGCAUCAUUUGCUGUGCAGCUUAUCGGACGGAACUCCUCCAAUCACCUGCAUUAUAACGGAAAAUUUCAUGUCUUGCACUCACCAUGUAACCAACAAGCUGGAAGUGCCCCGAGUCAUUUUCUGGACAAUGUGCGCCGCCUCUUCUAUUGUUCAGUGCAACGCCAACCUUCUCAUCUCCCGCGGGCAUAUUCCUGUCAAAGUGGAGCAUUCGAAUAGCGCGGAUAAAUUGAUCACAUGUUUGCCUGGUAAUCUUCCGCCGCUAUUGCCGAGCGAUCUGAUAUCCUUCUACGGCGCUACCGACACGUCGGACGUUUUAUUCCAGUGGACUCUGCGUGAGUCACAAUUUCAAAGCAAGGCAGACUAUGUGCUGGUCAACACGUUUGAUGGAGUGGACACUCCUCAGACGGUAGGUGCACUGUCCAGCAAUGGAUACCUUCUUUGGCAGUAG